GCUCGUUUGCCCGAAUAUUUGUUUGAGAACUAAAAAGUCAUCGAAGUUUGUAAAUACAAAAGGAUAAUGUCGGGGAACCAAGACACUUUGGGCCAGUCACAGCAGGUCAAUGAAAGUGGUGAUGAAUAUGAAGAAGACGCAGCAACAAGUUGGACAAAUGAGUUGGAACAGCAGGAGUCCAGGACGCCAGCGGAUAGCCCCGAGUUUCUGGAUUUUGUGGACUCCGAGGAUCCGCUGGAAGAUUUCGAAAGAAAUCCUUUGCAGAAGGAGCCCCUCGAUCUGGCAGUUAAACCUGUUUCCGACAUCAAUAAGAAGGCAGCGGAGAAUCACAGGCGGAUUUACCGACAAUUGGGUAUCCAUAUCCCGGAAACGCCAAAAAGCCAUCCUCUACUCCAUUAUGCAUUCGUCGUGAAACUGUUCCUGGCCACCGAUAAUAGCUCCAUUCACUACCUCAAGUGGUCGGCAAAUGGCCGCGAACUGGAGGUCGAUUACCAGGGUAUGCAGGAGCAUUUGUCCAGCGGGUGUUCCAUGUUUCAUUGUCGAAAUACAUUGCAAUUUACGGGCACUCUAUUGGCCCACGGAUUCGAACGCGUUUCAUUGAAGGAUGUGCGUAAAUCCUCAGCCACCAACAUCACGCUGAUCUAUCGGAAUCCAAAUUUCGUUAAGGGUCAGUUACUCAAAUUGCAUAAACUGGCUCAGGAAUGUGAGAAAAUACCUGAAAUUUCAAGCCCGGGAACGGCGGAGCCGCGACGACCACCUCUGCACCUCCCGAACUAUGCCCAUAUUUCCAGGAUGGUACGGCGAGGAGAUCUCUGCUCCACUCCCUACACAUCCCGUUCUGCUCUGCAAGUGGCUCGAUGUCAUUUCCAAACUCUGCUAGGAUAUCAAGCCGAUCUGGGUGUCCUUAAGGAUCGCAACAAUCACGAUAUGUUCAACAAGAACAUUAUGACGCAACUGAAUGUGAAGAGGGGGCGUUCGUCUAUCAAUAACGCCCCCGUAGACUUAGCGCCCAGUAAAGUUUCCUUUGAGAAAUUCGUAAAGCCGCACGAAUCUGUGAUUAAUAUCGGAAUUGGCCAAGCUCCCGAUUAUGCCGGUUAUUAUGGCCAGGUCGAGCUAUUCAAAGUCAACGAGUUCUUCUCCGAAUAUCUGCCGCGCUAUGGUAGCAAAAUCACCGGCUACAAGGAAAUAGUUAUGGAUGCCACCAAUAAGUCCAUUGGUUUCCAGCAGAAUCUGCCAAUCGGCAUGAAUUACUCGGAUGAUGAAGACGAUGCCCUGCCACCGAUUUCAUCGGACCUCGACUUGGACUUCAUGCCAUCCACCUCAGCGGCGGCGAAGAUGAAAUCUACAGGUCGCAAGGUAGUGGAGGACUCGGACUUGGAGCAGGCUAUGCAGGAAUUGUGCGGCGGUUCUAAUCUUAACGAAGAGGAGGAACUUCCACAGACCAGCACCAGGUUUAAAGCAAAGCCCAAACCAAGAGCCAAAACCAAAGCCAAACCCACGAAACGCCAAGCUAAACCCGUACAUUCCAGUUCCAGCGAAUGCGAAGAUUUCAAGCCAGACGAAGUGUAUGAAGGUUUUAAGUCUAGAAACCCAAAGAACGUUAAGUUAAAGCCUAGUGACGAAAAUAUCUCCUAUACUCUUGAAGAAGGAACUGAUUUCGAGGAGCAAGUCAUAGAAGAAACGACCGAAACCAAGGUGCAGGAUUCGCAAUACGAUGACCUGGAUGAUGACGACGACGACGAGGAAGAGGAUUACUUCGACGAGGAUGACGAGGAUUAUGUUUACAAAAAUUUGCAGUACAGGAACCCUCCUGAACCGCCAAAAAGCCGACGCUAUGAUCUACGCAACUCCAAGCGAAAUCCUCGUUGAGUCUGCCACUCAUUGGAAUUGUAUGGUAUAUCUAAGGCAACUAGGAGUUAUUAUUUGUUAAAUCAAAUACUUGACUGUGUGGAUUUGUGCACCAAACAAUUAAACGUUAUUUAGUAACUUU